AGUCUACUUGAAAUAAAAUAUACAUAUAACAGUGCGCAGCUUGAUUCUUUUAGGAUUUUUUAAACUCAUUAUCAUUAAAAUUGUUAACAGUGGUGUUGUGCUGUGAUUUAUUAAAGAGAGGAGUCAUUUAAUCAACAAGAGUUAACAGUGAUUUUGAGUGAUAUAGAAGAAUGGUGGUGCUUAGUAAUUUUUUGGCUCCAGAGGAGGGAGUGCGACACGAAGAAGAGCACACAACUCUAUACAUUAAUGACAGAGAGGUUGGAAAAGGGACUCUUUACAUCACUGAAAGCGUUCUUUCCUGGAUCAAAAAUGAUACACGGCAGGGAUUCUCCUUGGAGUAUCCUCACAUCUCCCUUCAUGCGAUUUCACGGGACGACACGGUUCAUCCUCGACAGUGUCUAUAUGUGAUGGUAGAUGCCAAAGUAGAUCUUCCAGAAUGUGAAUUUUCUCAAUCAGACGAGGCCCAAACCCCUGAAAGCAACUCAGAUGACGACGACGACGAUGAUUCAGAUGGACCCAUGACAGAAAUGAGGUUUGCACCUGACAAUACAAAUAAUCUAGACGCUAUGUUCCAAGCAAUGAGCCAAUGCCAGUCACUUCAUCGAGAUCCACAAGACAGUUGUUCAGAUGCCGAAGAAGAUAUUUACGAGGAUGCAGAAGAAGAUGAAUUUGAAUAUUGUGCUGGCGAUGCACCUCCAUACAUUUUAUCUGCAGAAACGGUUGGAGAGAAUCACAAUGGAGUCGAAGCAGAAGAAGCUAUGGACGUUGAAGCAGGUCAAUUUGAAGAUGCAGAAGAAGGUCUUUAAAAACUGAAGUGCAAGCACAACAGUUGAUGAUUUUUGCAUUUUGUUGGAGUAGGUUUAUUUAUUUUAACACAAAUACCAAACUCAUUUCUUUGCAAAUAAUAAUCUCUUCACUGGAAACGUGGUACAAUAUAUAGAACACUCCACACAUUUCAAAAACACGAAACUUUAUUUAUAUUAAUUUUGUACGUGCUUAUUUUUAGGUAAAAAAAAGAAUAAAUAAUUUUGCACCGUCCAACGGUGUUGUUUAGUUAUUUCCGUUGAGAAACUCGAUGCACUAAACAAAAAAAAAGAACUGAUCAAAAAGAUUCUGGGAAAUUUUCUAUAUGUAUUUAAGAACCCCCAGGCAAGAUAGUUUUUAAAAAUACUCAUUAUAUCACAAUAAUCAUAACGCAUUUAUCUAUAUUAAUCAAUCACUGGCUUUUUCAAAAUGAACUUCAUUUUUGAGAUAAAAGAGAAAAAAACUAUGUUUGAACAAGACACAAAAUUUUUUAGAUUUUUAUAUGUAUUGUAAACAACUCUUUUUAUGAAUAAUUUACACCGCGCAAUGCUUAGUUAAUAGUUUCGAAUGAACGUGAUAUUGAUACACAGUCUCAUCUCUGAAAAUAGAAUUAAUUUCCUUUUUGUACGAUUGUUCUCUGUAAUUUAUCAAAUAUUUACAUGGAAUAUUUUAAGGCAAAAUGCGAUUGUUUCGUUUUCGAAUAUACUUUAAUUGUCUACUAUGAAAUAGUUUACAAAUUCAGUAUAAUUGAUAUUUCAAACUACAACUUUUGCUCAAUACACUUUUUGUUAAUAAAUUAUUAUCUUUUGCAUUCUACGUAAUUCACGGCGAAAGACGUGUUUAGUUGAUAUUAAUGGGAUUCAAGUUAAGCUAGUUUUCUUUUUUCCCUCCAACUUUCAAAUUGUAGGUUUUAUUAUAACUAGUUUCAAUUUUCAAAGUUAGAAUAAAUUACGGUUGAUGUAAUCACAAAUUUUAGUCUUCUUAGGUUUUGAAUAAAAUUUUGGUUUCUUUAACCAAACUUUAAAGUUUCUGUUAAAUAUUGUUUAUAGUUUUUAAUAUUUAAAGUUUUCUAUUUAAAAUUAGAGUUUCUGUUAGAGUAACCAGAAUUUUCAAAGCAAGGGAAAUAUGUUAAGUGUAGCUUAACUUUAACUCGUGUUAGGUUCAUUCCUUUUUUUAAAAAAAAGUGUAUCAUUCAACAUUUAAUGCUUGAAAAAUAAAGAAAAAUGAUCAUAUCUUCUGCGAAAUUUCAAUUACUUCUAGUUAGACAAUGUAACAGCGCUUAAAUAAAUUACGACAUUUUAACAGUU